GCGUAAUAGUAUUCUGUGAAGAAAUCUAGUAUACUUUUUUCCAUCCUCUAAGAUUAUAAUCCAUAUCUUUCUAAUUUGUGAUUAUAAUAGCUUCGCUUGAACAAAAACGAAUAUUUUAUGCGUGUUGUAUUGUUUGGAGGAAGUUUCCUAGACCUAAAUUUUCAGAGGUGUGUUUUUGCAAUAAGAUGAAACCGACAGUUGCAGCCGAUGAAAUGUUCCCAGAAGGCGUUGGACCUUAUAUGGAUUUGGAAGAGGCUGGUGGACCUUCUAACCUCCUCAUGGAUUUAGCAGCUAAUGAAAAGGCAGUCCAUGCAGAUUUUUUCAAUGAUUUUGAAGAUUUGUUUGAUGAUGACGACUUAAAGUGAAGAUCCAGUUCAACUGGUUUCAGAGUUCAAUCAAAUUUCUAACACCUGCAGUAGAGUUAAUAAAUAAAUGCUUAAUCAAAU